AUGCAGAUUGCACGUGGCCGUCGCGGUCUGGGUGCUUCCCUUUUUGGGUGCGCGCCUUUGACUCUCUUGCUACCAUGUGCCGUUGCUGAUGGGUGGCGAGUGUGGCCUCUGCUCGCGAUCUGGAUCGGAGGGUAUACCGUUAGACGGCGUCAUGAAGAUCGCCAGCUCACAACGGAUUGCGUGGUGUCUGGAAUCGUAUACGCUUGGUUGGCAAAGGAGAACUUGAUUGCGACAUCAUUGAAGAGUUGGAACAUAUGGAUGGGCUGGAUUCGUAGCGCCGAAAGGACGUCUGUCAUAUACGCAGUCUCCAGUGUCGCAUUGCCGCUUACUAUACUCACAUUCUUCCUAUGGCGCACCUUCCUCAGCAGCAAGAGCACAACUGCAACCCCGCCCGAUAUCAGUCGGUGGAGGUCUCGAAUAGAGACACCAAAGCCGAAGAUCUUCCCUUGCCAGACGACACAUGCUCGUAUCUUCCCGAAACGCCAUGGCUUCGCAUACUCGUACCUCCAGUGUGGAUUUCCCAUCAUCUCGAGCGGAACGAAGUACAACGGAAUAGAGUUUCCGAGUGGAGAAGAUCGAACUUUGGGUAGAUGGUGGCUACGUGUCAGAGCGGAGGACUAUCUGGAGCGAGGCGGUGGCGCUUUUGGUUUCUACUGGAAGCUGAGGACGUACCUGAGAGCCCAACAUGUCGAAGAUUCCGAGUGGGAAUAUGCCUACUUGGUGACGGCACCACGCUUCUUCGGCUACGCAUUCAACCCAGUCUCCUUCUGGUAUGUCUACGAUCGCGAGCAUGAGCUCAAGAAGAUGAUACUCGAAGUCAACAACACGUUCGGCGAAAGGCGCAUGUACUUGCUUGACGGAUCAAGUCCUCCCAGCCCGCCACGCACAUCAGACUCUGAGCAGACGUCUGGUUCGGAGGGCCAGGAAUCACAAGUACCUAUCGAAGCCAAGUCCAAGUUUACCGAUGUGUGGAUGAAAGACUUCCAUGUCUCGCCGUUUAACUCUAGAAAGGGUUCGUAUGCGUUGAAGGCACAAAACCCUUUUCCGUGUGUGGAUUACGGGAACCCUAUGAUCGAUAAUACUAUCACACUCAAGUCCUCCAAGGAUCAUGGGAAGCUUGUAGCACGCCUUUACUCCACCGGAAAGGCUAUCGAUACUGACCAAUUGGGCCUCUUCGGAACUAUGCGGUUCAUCCUAAGCUGGUGGUGGGUAGGGUUCGUUACGUUCCCGCGGAUUAUCAGAGAAGCUUUCAAGAUCUUCUUCAAGAGAAAACUGCAUGUGUGGUUCAGACCAGAAGUCCUGACGUCGAGCGUUGGCCGACUACCCACAUCCGCUGAGAUCACACUUUAUAAAGUGUUCAGGAACUACCUGCAUCGGCUCGUAGAAGAAGCGGAAGUAGAUUUUAACAUCACGUUCCAAGCCUCGAUUCCCGACGUUCCCACCAAUAUGGUUUGCCCGACACAUGUAUCCGGUCGAGUUCGGCCCAAGAAGAACAUGGAGAUCCGCGUGCUUACACCAGCAUUCUACUCACGACUCAUUCACUACACGUACACUUCCGAGGCCAUCGAUCGUGAGUGCGUCUUCACCGAUGAACGGAAUAGGACUUUGUGGAUGUGUCGCCCGCAGCUUCUACCUCUGCUGCUUUCAGAGCGCUCGUCGAUACGCCUCGAAGAGAAGGACACGCCGCCAACGAGAAGGAGCCAUCUUGACGAGCUGAGGUGGUGGUUGCUGAAAAAGUUGAGAUGUCCGCCAGCUGACCCUGCAUACUCGGUAACGCCGCAAAGCUCCGCAGUGAACGUUGAUGACAUCCGUGCCAGACCAUUUUCCGAGUUGGAUAGAUACGUCAGGGGUUUCUUCGGGCAACAGUACGCUUCUGUGUCUGGAACGAGAUCGCAUCCUCACCAAGCAAUUGGCAAACGUCAUCCCCGUCACGGUUCCGCUGGUCCCAUCCCCACCCGAUCUACACCAGUCAUGCUUUCAGAACGUCAAUUCCCCUUGGGCCGAGGGCAACUCAAACAACGCUCUAGCAUGACUGCCACGCUAGAUCUUCUUGCCAGCUUCCUCGGAUGCUCCAGUCGGGCCAAUGGAAUCCAACGUUUUGUAAUUGACACAAGCUUCAUAUAUCAUCUACCAAUAACGCAAAGUCUGAUCGCGAUGUCGAACAUUGACGCAGAGGACGCGCAGUUCCAAAAGGAAGUUCAGGAGGUCAAGCAAUGGUGGUCAGAUUCGAGAUGGAGGUUCACUAAAAGACCAUUUACGGCAGAAGACAUCGUGUCAAAGAGAGGCAAUCUCAAGAUCACCUACCCAAGCAACCACCAGUCGAAGAAGCUUUGGGAAAUUGUUGAAGGCCGCUUCAAGAACAACGAUGUCAGCUUUACAUACGGAUGUCUCGAUCCCGUCAUGGUCACACAAAUGGCGAAAUACUUGGACACUGUCUACGUAUCCGGAUGGCAAGCAUCGUCAACAGCUUCAUCAACCGACGAACCAGGUCCUGAUCUAGCAGAUUACCCCUACACAACUGUACCCAACAAAGUUGGUCACCUCUUUAUGGCGCAAUUGUUCCACGACCGAAAGCAACGCGAAGAGCGCCUGACUACUGCAAAAGCCGACCGCGCGAAAGUCGCAAGCGUUGAUUACCUGCGACCGAUUAUUGCGGAUGCAGAUACCGGACAUGGAGGCCUUACGGCUAUUAUGAAGCUCACCAAGCUUUUCAUAGAGAAGGGCGCGGCUGGUAUACAUAUCGAGGAUCAAGCACCAGGAACGAAGAAGUGCGGACACAUGGCUGGAAAGGUCUUGGUACCUAUCAGCGAGCACAUCAACCGUCUAGUCGCCAUAAGGGCACAGGCAGACAUCAUGGGAACCGACCUACUUGCCGUUGCCAGAACCGACUCAGAGGCCGCUACCCUGAUCACAUCGACCAUCGACCCUCGCGACCACCAUUACAUCCUAGGCUGCACAAAUCCCGCCCUUCAACCGUUGGGCGAGCUCAUGUAUGCCGCAGAGCAAGCUGGUAAGAACGGCGCGGAGCUCCAGGCCAUCGAAGAUGCAUGGACCAAGGAAGCCAACCUGAAGCUUUACCAUGAGGCAGUGAUUGACACGAUAAAUGCUGGUGUACAUGUGGACAAGCAGAACAUGAUCAACGAGUUCCUGGAGAAGAGCAAGGGCAAGAGCAAUUCAGAGGCACGCGCCAUCGCCGCAGGUCUGACUGGCGUUGAUGUGUACUUUAACUGGGACGCCGCAAGGACCAGAGAGGGUUACUACAGAUAUCAAGGUGGCUGUGAAUGCGCCAUCAACCGCGCCGUUGCAUAUGCACCCUACUGCGACAUGAUUUGGAUGGAGUCGAAGCUGCCUGAUUUUGCGCAGGCAAAACAGUUUGCCGACGGUGUCCAUGCCGUAUGGCCUGAGCAGAAACUGGCGUAUAAUCUCUCGCCCUCUUUCAACUGGAAAGCCGCCAUGCCACGUGACGAGCAAGAAACCUACAUCCAACGCCUGGCCAAACUGGGUUACUGCUGGCAGUUCAUCACGCUCGCCGGUCUGCACCAAAGCGCUCUUAUGGCCGACACAUUCUCCAAGGCAUAUGCUAAGCAGGGAAUGCGGGCGUACGGCGAAAUCAUCCAGGAACCAGAAGCGGAGAACAAGGUCGAUGUGCUUACGCAUCAGAAGUGGAGUGGAGCAAACUACGUCGACAAUCUUCUGAAGAUGGUGUCCGGCGGUGUAAGUUCGACGGCGGCUAUGGGCAAGGGUGUUACCGAAGAUCAAUUCAAGUAA